ACGUCUCAUGACAGGGCUGUUGUUUUGGGAGCUGAGAUGCGAAUCUUAGCCAAAGACGUCGACAAAUAGCCGUGAUGUCGCAACGGCCCUCAUUUGCCAACAUUUGCCCUUCCAGCUACAUAUGUUACCUUCAGCCCUUCGAAAUUGCGCGACGAUCAGCCAUCGAUUGUCUCAUCGAGUUCAAAAAAGGACCGAAAUGGCUAUCAACGGCUCGUAUGCAUCUACCUUAAUCUGGCGAAGCAAUAGGGCUUGCAGGGCAACAGGCGGCUGGAUUCCCCAUGCAGAAACAGUCAUAUGGCUUUCUGAGCGAU